UUAGGACCCGAAGGAUACUCCAUGGCGAUGAUCAAACCGAGCUUUCUGCCCUCACAGCCCCUAAAAUUCCAGAACAUCAACGAGAGAAAUCUCUACUUCUUAUUUUCCUUUCGGUCUUCGAAAAAUGUUUGCAACUCAUACUCUCCCAAUAGACCCAAUUCUUCGUCGCCUUCCAAAUUCUCGGCUGAAGCUCGAAGAAUGGUGGCAGAUUUUAAUCCGAAAAUCCCCUUAGAAGAAGCCUUUACGCCCCCUAGUUCAUGGUAUACGGAUCCUUCCUUUUAUGCCCUGGAGCUCGAUCGAGUAUUUCAUCGAGGUUGGCAAGCCGUAGGAUUCACUGAACAGAUAAAAAAUUGUAAUGAUUUUUUCACGGGCAGAUUGGGCAAUGUGCAUUUUGUUAUAUGUCGAGACGCGAAUGGGAAACUUCAUGCUUUUCACAAUGUAUGUCAGCAUCAUGCAUCUCUUCUUGUAUCUGGUAGCGGGAAAAUGCCUUGCUUCGUUUGCCCUUAUCAUGGAUGGACCUAUGCAUUAGAUGGUGUACUCCUCAAAGCAACAAGAAUAUCUGGAAUAAAGAAUUUUGAUGGAAAUGGGUUUGGGCUUAAACCAUUGAAAGUAGCUACCUGGGGGCCAUUCGUACUUAUCAAUUUGGACGAAGACAUUCAGCCUCAACAGGAAGCUGAUAUCAAGAUAGUAGCAGAUGAAUGGCUUGGUAGCUGUUCAGAACUAUUGAGCAGCAACGGGAUUGAUUCUUCUCUAAUUUAUGUUUGCAGACGUGAAUAUACAAUUGAAUGCAAUUGGAAGGUGUUCUGUGACAACUACUUAGACGGUGGUUACCAUGUGCCAUAUGCACAUACAAAUCUUGCAUCUGGUCUUAAGCUCCAGUCUUAUUCCACUACAAUAUUUGAGAAGGUUAGCAUCCAAAGAUGUGACAGCGGUUCUACGGAAGGAGGGGAUGACUUUGAUAGGCUUGGAUCGAAAGCUCUGUAUGCUUUCAUUUAUCCAAACUUUAUGAUCAAUAGGUAUGGUCCUUGGAUGGAUACAAAUCUAGUACUCCCACUAGGACCCCGUAAAUGUCGAGUUAUAUUUGAUUACUUCCUUGAUGCUUCUUUGAAGGAUGACAAAGCCUUUGUCGAUAGAAGUCUUGUGGAAAGUGAAAGAGUGCAGAUGGAAGAUAUCACCUUAUGCGAAGGUGUUCAAAUGGGUCUAGAAUCACCAGCAUACAGCAGUGGCAGAUACGCUCCAAUUGUUGAGAAGGCCAUGCACCAUUUUCAUUGUCUGCUGCACGAGAACCUUAACAAUGACAUCUAAAUUCAAGUAUAAACUGCUAACUCAUUGCAAAUUUUGCGUUUAAUGGUGUAUCCGUUUGUACCCUGAUUGUUGUCGACAAUCUGAGUUAUUGAUUGUUUACAGUAAUUUAUGUCCUGUAUAGUUUCCGUUAGAGCUAUCUAGCACCCUUGUUUGAAUGCUAAUGGUUGCACAUUUUGAAGGAUGUAACUGUUACAUUUCAUGAGUAUGUAUUUGCUUGCCUCGGCCAUAAUACACCCAGCCAUCUUCCCACCCCUGCUAAAAAAGGUGGAAAAAUUUUAA